UGGGCGAGGCAGGAAAUGGGACGGGCGCCCGGCGCCUUUAUCAGCCGUGGAAAGGGACCGCCCUGUAGUCAGAGCACAGAGAGAGGGGUUGGCACUGAGUAUAGCUCCUACUUUACAGGCAAGCUUAGCUCUUACAUUACAGCCCAGGCCAGCCCCUUCUUUACAACCAAGCUCCCCGCUGAAGGCCCUCUCUCCCCAAGCAUGAAGAAAAUCACGGACGGCUCCCAGACGAUGAAAGAAGGCGUCCUGGAGAAGCGAGGGGACAAUCUCCUCCAGCUCUGGAAGAAGAAGUAUUGCGUCCUGACCCAAGACAGCCUCUGCCUAUUCCCGGAUUCCCAAAAACGCUCCCGGAGCAAAGACCUUUGCCUACAAGAGAUCAGGACGGUGGAUAGCGUGGAGAGGACGGGCAAGUAUAUCUACUUCACCGUGGUCACCACGGACAACAAGGAGAUGGACUUCAGGUGCCUGGCGGAGUGCUGCUGGAACUCGGCCAUCACCAUGGCUCUCAUUGAGUUCAAGAACAGGAAGGCCAUCCAGAGCUUCAGGUCGCGGCAGGACGCCGAGAUCCUCACCUCGGGCCAGCAGGAGAAAAUGUUGGGAAGGGCGCCCUGAACUCCUGCUUCAAAGGACGGUCAUAUUAAUUGUGGACGAAAGAUCCGAGACUGAACACGUGGAUGAAGAAACCCAGGAGGUCGAGAGCCAUUAUCAUUGACUUCAGUUUCGCCCUCGGUGCUGCUUCUGCCAAAUGGAUCCGAGCUGCUUUAUUCAGCCAUGGACACCCUGGACCUGACGCACAGCUGAAGAGAGCCCGCAAGGCUGACUGGAAAUCUGCUUUAUUUAUUUAUCUAUUGCAGAAUCCGCGAACAUUUAUCUUCUUGCAUCAAGUCAUCUUAUAAAUUAUUUUGUAUUCUAAUUUUGCAUAUUUAUUAAAGUUUUAUAAAAAAUGAA